AUGGCCAGUCUUGGAGAGGCGGAAACAAUCCGCAUCCUCGUCUCAACGGAUAACCAUGUCGGUUACAAUGAGCGAGAUCCUAUCAGAGGCGAUGAUAGCUGGAAAAGCUUCCAUGAAGUGAUGUGCCUGGCAAAGGAGCGUGAUGUAGACAUGGUGCUUCUGGCAGGCGAUCUGUUUCACGAGAACAAACCGUCUCGAAAAUCCAUGUAUCAAGUGAUGCGGUCAAUCAGAAUGAACUGCCUCGGUGACAAACCUUGUGAGCUUGAGCUGCUCAGUGACGCGAGCGAGAACUUUCAAGGUGCUUUCAACCACGCCAACUAUGAGGACUUGGAUAUCAACGUCGGAAUUCCCAUCUUCUCCAUCCAUGGAAACCAUGACGACCCAUCCGGGGAGGGCCACCUUGCCGCUUUGGAUAUUCUACAAGUAUCGGGGCUGCUCAAUUACUAUGGGCGGACGCCGGAGUCGGACAACAUCCAGCUCAAACCGGUAUUGCUACAGAAGGGUCGAACCAAGCUAGCGCUCUACGGAAUGAGCAAUGUGCGAGAUGAACGACUAUUCCGCACUUUUCGGGAUGGGAAGGUCAAGUUCUUUAGACCCUCGAUUCAGAAAGAUGAUUGGUACAACUUGAUAUGUGUCCAUCAAAACCACCAUGCAUACACAGAGACGGGGUAUCUACCGGAAAACUUUCUCCCCGAAUUCCUUGACCUUGUCAUCUGGGGCCACGAGCACGAAUCCCUGAUCAACCCUCGCAUCAACCCUGAGACAAAAUUUCGCGUUAUGCAGCCUGGUUCUUCUGUUGCUACCUCAUUAGUUCCUGGUGAAGCGGUAGCGAAGCAUGUUGCGAUCCUAAGCAUUACGGGCAAAGAGAUGAAAUCUGAACCGAUCCGGCUCAAGUCGAUUCGUCCCUUUGUCAUGCGUGAAAUCGUGCUUUCCGAAGAGAAGGGAGCUCAAAAGUUGGCGCGCAAAGAGAACAACCGUACAGAACUCACUCGCUUCCUCAUGACGAUCGUAGAGGAGCUCAUCGAAGAAGCCAAGGCAGACUGGCUCGAGCUACACGGCGAUGAAGCAGAAGACGAGGAACUGGAAGUACCAUUACCGCUUGUACGGUUGCGCGUUGAAAUAUCCACCCCCGAAGGGGGCAAUUUUGACUGCGAAAACCCACAGCGGUUUUCCAACCGGUUCGUCGGUAAAGUCGCGAAUGUCAACGAUGUAGUGCAGUUCCACCGCAAAAAGAAGGCCGCCUCAUCACGCAAGAAGGAUAAUGACAUCGACGAGGAAGCAAUGUCCCACCUCGCCACCCUAGACACGGUGCAGGUUGAGCAACUCGUUCGCGAAUUCCUCGCCGCACAAUCCCUAUCCAUCCUCCCGCAAAACUCCUUCGGUGAUGCCGUCUCCCAGUUCAUCGACAAGGACGACAAGCACGCCAUGGAAAUGUUCGUCAACGAGUCUCUGGAGGGCCAAAUCAAGCACCUACUCUCACUUGACCGCGACAGCGACCACGAAGAGGAGACCGAACAGAGCUCCUUGCAAAACGCUAUGGAGAAAUACCGCAACCAGAUGGAGGACAUGUUCUCAAAGGGCGUCAAGAAACGCACUCGGGGCAAGAAACGUUUCAAGCCAAAGCCCGAUGGCUGGGACACGGAAUUCGAUGGUGCCUGGGAAGACCAACCAGGUGCCCUCAUCCACUCUGAUAACGAAGGCGGCGACCCCAAUGAGGAAGAAGCCGGCGAAGACGGCACAGAGCCACCCGCUGGGCGGUCCUCUGCGCGUGGUCGUGGGCGCGGCAGGGGAGGGAGAGCCGGAGCAACCACCACAGCCCGCAAACCAGCAUCCACAAAAGCGGCCGCAACUAGGAAGCCCGCACAAACCAAGGCAACCGCCUCUCGAGGGCGUGGCCGCCGCGCGAUAUCCGAGGACGAAGAAGAGGAAGACGACGUUGUCAUGAUCGACGAUGACGACGAUGAGCCCGAAGCCGUCGCAGAAAAAAUCGAGGAGGACGAUGAAGACGACGACUCCCAAGCCCUCUUUGUCAAACAGCCAGCCUCCAAGUCACGCAAAGCAGCAACCACAUCUACGACUGGCACCCAGCGUUCGCGCCAAACGAAACGCACCGCUCCUUCCCCCGCUCCAUCCUCAAAUACCGUCAGCCAGGCCGGUACAACCGCCCGCCGUGGUAGAGGAAAACAGACACAGAUGACGCUGGACUUUGUCGGUUCACAGGCGAGUCAGCGUGCCGGUGCUGGGUCAGUUGCGAGUAGCAAUACCAGGUCGAUGAGACCGAACCGCACCACCAGGAGCGUUAGUGUUCUUAGUGAGGAUAUUGAUGAUAGUGAUGGGUUUGAGCCGAUGCCUAGUAGCAAUCGACGGCGGAGGUAG